AUGCAAUCCAUCAACUCAUCGACUAUAAUUCAACCUUCUUCUUCUGUGAAUUUAACAAGACGAACCCAGAGAUUAAAAAGCAAGCCUACCAACAUAUCUGCAAUUCCUAUGUUUGACUUGACAAUAGAUGAAGAAGUUAAUGAUCAACAUACACAUGCAAACAUAGCUAAAGGUGUAUCAAAAGAUUACAUUGAUCAUGGUGACCAGAAUGUUGUAUGUCAAAUAUGUAAUGCAAAGUUAUGGACGGAUGAAUCUAUUAGAGGAAAAGAUAAACAUAAUACAAGUUUUUCACUAUAUUGUGGUUAUGGCAAGGUUGAGUUGCCAGAUUCUAAAGAAGCGCCGCCAACUUACCUAAAUCUUUAUCGUUCAACAGAUUCUAAAUCCAAAUACUUCAUUAAUAACAUUCGUCGUUACAAUUCAAUGUUUCCGUUUACCUCAAUGGGUGGGAAAGUUUAUGCAUCCAUUAAUAUUGGAAAAGCUCCAUACAUAUUCAGACUUGGCGGUCAAAAUUAUCAUAGAAUUGGAAGUCUAUUACCCUCAAAUGGAUCUAAACCAAAAUUCUCUCAGUUAUACAUAUAUGACACUGACAAUGAGGAGUCAAAUAGGCAAACAAUUUUUAGUCGACAAGAAGAUGCAUCUACAUCAACUUAUGAUUCAAUUGAUCUUCAAAUUAUACACGAUUUGAAGCUUAUGUUGGAUUCGAAUAAUGUGUUGGUUCAGUCUUAUAGGAUGGUAAGAGAUUGUUUCCAAGACAAUCCUCACAUUGACCUUAAGUUACGCCUUAUUGGAAAAAGGAUACAAGAUGGAAGGACAUAUAACUUACCGUCUGCAUAUGAGGUUGCCGCUCUAAUUGUUGGAGACAUUGAUGAUUCUUUUCAAAAUAGAGAUAUCAUUGUACAAAAUUCAUCGGGAUCUCUUGAACGUAUUAGUGAAUUACAUCCUUCUUAUCUCGCUCUUCAGUAUCCACUACUCUUUCCAUAUGGUGAUGAGGGUAUAUAG